UCACGUGAUCUCCGUAGCGGGUCUUCCUGCAGUUUGUCCCAGCCGGGCGAGCGGCGUCUCCUCUGCUGCGCGGAUGGCGGGCACGGCGGGCGCUUGGCUUCUCCUCCUGGCCGCCGGCUUGGGCGCUGCCGUGUGGCCUCAGCCGCAGUGGCUCAGCCAGGACCCGCGAAGCCUCUGCCGGCUCAGCUCCCGCCAGUUCCGAUUCGCUUAUGCCAACGGCUCGGCGGUGGAGCCCGGCUGCGAAGUGCUGGACGGGGCGUUCCGACGUUACUGGAAGCUGCUUUUCCCGCCCGGGUACAAGGAGCCAGCAGGGAGCAACGUGGUGGACCUGUGUCCUAACCUUCUCGUCUCCGUGACCGAAGCAGGAUGUAGCGGCUAUCCCACCCUUGACUCUCCGGAGGACUAUAAGCUCAGCGUUUCGGUGGAUCUGAUGCUACUCACAGCCACCAAUAUCUGGGGCGCCCUCAGAGGAUUGGAGACCUUCAGCCAGCUUUCCUGGAGAGACGAAGAUGGGACAUUCUACCUCAACAAGACAGAUGUGGUUGAUUUCCCUCGCUUCCCUCACCGAGGUCUGCUCCUUGACACAUCUCGCCAUUUUCUGCCUUUGAGAGCCAUCCUGGAGACCCUGGAUGUCAUGGCGUACAACAAAUUUAACGUGUUCCAUUGGCACAUUGUGGAUGACCCAUCGUUCCCGUUCGAAAGCAUGGUCUUCCCAGAUCUCAGCGCGAAGGGGUCCUAUAACUCGGUCACUCAUGUAUACUCUGCUAGUGAUGUGAAGAUGGUGAUUGAAUAUGCCCGGUUGCGUGGAAUUCGAGUGAUUCCAGAAUUUGACACCCCUGGACAUACUCUCUCUUGGGGGCCAGGUAUCCCAGGCUUGUUGACUCCAUGUUACGCGUCCACAAAACCCAGCGGGACCUACGGGCCAGUCAACCCCAUUCUCAACUCCACUUACCAAUUCAUGGCUUCGUUUUUUGCGGAAGUUAGUGCCAUCUUCCCAGAUUUCUACCUUCACCUGGGAGGAGAUGAGGUGGACUUCUCUUGCUGGAAGUCUAACCCAGACAUCCAAGCUUUCAUGCAGAAGAUGCAAUUUGGCGAAGACUACGCCAAGUUAGAAGCCUUCUACAUUCAAAGGCUGCUGGAUAUAGUCGCCUCUUACAAGAAAGGUUACAUGGUGUGGCAAGAAGUGUUCGAUAACGGUGUGAAGGUGAACCCUAAUACAGUAAUACACGUGUGGAAAGGGAGCCCCAUCACCUUUCAAAAUGAGAUGUCUCGUGUCACGGAGGCUGGUUUCCGGACCCUGCUGUCCUCCCCUUGGUACUUGAACGUCAUCUCUUACGGGCAGGAUUGGUUGGCAGCAUAUCGGGUGGAACCCCUAGCCUUCAAAGGCAGCGCAGAACAAAAAAAGCUGGUUAUUGGUGGAGAAGCCUGUAUGUGGGGCGAAUACGUGGAUGCAACUAAUUUAACCCCCAGACUGUGGCCCAGAGCUGGUGCUGUCGCUGAGCGUUUGUGGAGCAACGAGACAGUUCGAAACCAGCGAGAUGCUUACGCCCGCUUGUCCGAUUUCCGAUGCACCUUGCUCAAGCGAGGUAUCCGGGCCGAACCCCUUUUUACAGGAUUUUGUGAAUUUGAUGCACUUUGAUUUUACAAUCACAUCCUUCCCCUCCUCCCAAAUAUCUGUACUAUUUUAAUAUGUGCAGGGCAAAUCUUUUUUUUUUAAACCAAAUAUUUCAAUAAAUCACUUGCUUAUUA